UUCCCUCUUUCUCGCUCCAGGCUUCAACGCGCGAGGUACCCCAGGGCAGUCACUCUUCCCUCGCACUCUUCCCCACCAUGUCUGACCCCUCGGAGAUUCUGGUGCUGGUGGGACGGCUGUUACUAUGGGUGGUGGUGACCAUCUACUACAUCCUGGAGGCCACGGUGCUCCGGUUCGUGCCCCGGAAGUACAAGUUCAAGAAUAUCCGCGGCAAUGUAGCGCUGGUGACGGGCGGCGGUUCGGGAAUCGGGCGACUCAUGUGCCUGAGACUGGCCGCCGAGGGAGCCAUCGUGGUGACCUGGGACGUGUCGGAGGCAGGUAACUUGGAGACGGCGAAGCAGGUCCAGGCGGCGGGUGGGAAGAUUCACACGUACACUGUUAACCUCUGCGACCGCAACGCCGUGUACGCCACCGCGGCCAAGGUCAAGAAGGAGGUGGGCAAGGUGGACAUACUGAUCAACAACGCCGGUGUGGUCACAGGCAAAAACUUCAUGGACAGCCCCGAUGAUAGCAUUGUCAAGACCUUCGAAGUGAACUCCAUCUGCCUCUUCUGGACCACUAAGGCCUUCCUCGGGGACAUGUUGGCCGCCGACAAGGGCCACAUCGUCACCAUCGCCUCCAUGGCCGGGAAGUUGGGCCGCCCUGGGCUUGUGGACUACUGCGCCUCUAAGUUUGCGGCGGUGGGCUUCCAUGAGAGUUUGCAGGCGGAGCUGAAGGUCGGCGGCAAGGUGGGCGUGAAGACAACGGUGGUGUGCCCUGUGCUGAUCAUGACGGGAAUGUUUGCGGGCUGCAGCACACGGUUCCUCCCUCACCUUGAACCGCAGUGGGUGGCUAAUGAGGUCGUGGACGGUAUUCUCAUGGACGUUCCAACCCUGCAUCUCCCUCACUUCAUGUGGAUUAUGGUUUUCAACGCCCUAAUGCUGCCGAAGAAAUCUGUCGACUAUCUGGGAUACCUUUUGGAGACGAACAUGAUGAAGACCUUCGUGGGCAGGAGGAAGGCGGACUAACUCAUUUGCCUGGACUGUCCUGCACCUGCACCUCCUUCCCUUCUUCCGUCUUCCUCCCUCCUUCCCUUCCUUCCUCCCUUUCCUCUUCUUUUCGCUCUUCUGUUUCGUUCUUGCAAUUGUUUUAUUUCCUCUUUUCCGCUUCGUUUCUUUCUUUACGUCCCUUCCUCCUUCCUUUCUCUUCCCAUUCUUUUCUGGGUUCCUUUCUUAUAUUUCGUUCUUUCAGUUAAUUCAUAUAAAAAAGGCUUUAGAAACGUUAAAAUUUGGUCCAAUUCUAUGUUAAAAGUAUCGGAAGAUGUAAAAAAAAAAAGUGUUUGAUGUAAAAUAGGAAUUUGGUGAUGGAGAAUUUGAAUACAUCGAAGUAGUAGUAGUUUGUUAAAGCGUACUAAGUGUGUCUGCCGUACGAAAAUGUUCUAACUGCUGUCAUUCUUUGAGGUCAUAGAUUAAUAAAGAGACUGAAGUGUG